AUGCGCUCUUCACAAUCGCUGAGAAGAAGUGAUUCCUUUGAUUUGGCACGCGAGCGUGGAAUCCUCAUACCAACAAGUCGAUCAGGAUCUUGCAUGUCAGGACAAUAUAAUACCGCAAAUCGCGGAGUAACAACCAUUAAUAUGGCUCAGAACGAAAUAACAACUCGUAAAACUGCUGCUCCAUUAGCGAUUAUCAAGUUUUUAGAACUCUGUUUGUCAGGCUGUUGCACUGUUCUUCAUUACUACAGUUUUGACGAUGGAGAUUUAGUUACGGGAUUUCUUGCGACAGGAACAUUUUGUGGAUUUGACACAAUUCUUUUCGCAAUAAUGGCAGGUUAUCUGAUGAAUUCGCACGUCAAUCGUCGAAUUGGAAUUUUCUACAGUCUUUUGGGCGGGGCAAUGUUUCUCGCAUCUGGCGUUUUCAUAAUCGAAGCAUGGGAACGUGCGUAUCGCACACGCACAAGAGAUCUUGCAAUCACAAAAGGCUCCGUGGCGAUCAUUAAUGGCAUUAUUUUCAUCAUGGACACGAUUUUUGCAUUUAGUUAUAAGUGA